CCACAUCAAUGGAAGAUGCCGCAGGUGAAGGUUGCUGUGGUUGGAGCUGGCGUCAUCGGGUUUAGCUCUGCGGUUUGUAUCGCAGAGUCGCUCCCAAAUGCUGCUGUGACGAUCAUCGCAGAAAAGUUUAGUCCUGACACAACCAGCGACGGAGCGGCCGGGAUUUUCUUUGCAGCCGAGUUUCAUGAGAUCCCAGUGGAGCGGCAGAGGCGCUGGUUUAAAGACAGCUUCAAUCACCUUCUGCAGAUCGCUCACUCAGCCCAGGCCCCGCACGCCGGAGUCAUGCUCAGCUCUGGGUGUCAGAUCUUUAAGCAGGAGCCCGCGGUGAAGAGGCCGUUCUGGGCAGACCUGGUGAUCGGCUUCAGGGAGAUGAGCCCCUCGGAGCUGCAGAGGUUUCCAGAGCAUGGCUUUGGUCAGGUCUUCACUACACUCAAGUGUGAGUGCUCCAGAUACCUGCCUUGGCUACAGCACAGGUUCAUAAAGGCUGGUGGUGUCGUGGAGCAGAGGCACGUGUCCAGUCUGAAUGAACUCUGUGGUUUUGACCUGAUCGUGAACUGCUCUGGCCUCGGUUCCAAAGCACUGGCCGACGAUAGCGCCGUUUUUCCUGUCAGAGGCCAGGUCCUUAAAGUAUCUGCGCCCUGGAUACAACAUUUCAUCCGCGACAGCGAUGGAAAAACCUACAUUUAUCCAGGCAUUGAAAGUGUAACAGUGGGAGGGACCAGACAAGAGCACGAUUGGAGGCUGGACAUUGAUGAACAAGAUACGACAGGGAUUCUAGAGAGAUGCAAAAAACUAGAGCCAUCACUGGAAAACGCUGUAGUUCUGAGUAAAUGGGUGGGGCUAAGACCAAGCAGGAAGUGUCCGAGAGUAGAGCGAGGAGUGAUGAAAACGAAAGGUAAAAACAUCCCUGUGGUUCAUAAUUAUGGACAUGGAGGGUGGGGGGUGACGCUGGCCUGGGGCUGUGCAGUGGACACACUCGGACUGGUCACACAGAGUCUACGAGACAUACGUCCAGUGGCAAAACUGUGAAGAAAAACGUUUAGAGAAUAACCUCACUGUCCAGUAGAAAGAUUUAUAUUUUUACCUACAAAUAAUAAAAUGCACAUAUUUGAUUUUGAUAAUGUUAUUCUAUGAAAAGCAAGGAAUAAAUUGAGAAAUUGUUAUGGCAAAAAAAUAAAAAAAUUCCUCCCUCUAACUGGUAUAUGUAACUAGAGAUAGACCAAUAUAUUUGCACUUUUGAGCCU